AUGCAUAAUAAUUAUAUUUAUCCUCUGAAUUUAGACUUUGUCAAAUCUUACGUUGAAAAACAAACUCCUGGAAAUGCGAAUAAAGAGCUUAAAGUACUAGCUGAUCAAAUUCCAAGUGUUUUGGACAAAUGUCGAGAACCAACUACUCUAAAGAAGUAUACUUGUUAUUUUAACCUUUGGAAAGAUUGGGCCGAGCGAUACUCAUUAAAAUGUUUCCCGGCCGACGAAUUCCAGGUGGCAUUAUUUCUGUUGAGUUUAAUUCAAGGUGAUGCGUCUAUUAGUAUAAUCGAAAGCUGUUUCUAUGCCAUAAAGUUUCACCACAACAUCAUUUCAUGUCAUGAUCCUUGCGAAGCUCCUAUCGUUAAAAACAUGCUUGAGGCGGCAAAAAGAAUAAAGAAGCAACAAGUGAAGAAGAAAGAUCCUAUAACAGUAGACCACCUUAAUUCGAUUUUUAAUUAUUUGGGAGGUGAAAAUGCCGAUUUGAAGAAUUUAAGAACACUAGUGAUAUGCUUGAUAGGAUUUAGUGGCUUCUUAAGAUUUAAUGAAAUUGUGAACUUAAGUCGAUCUGACAUCAUUUUCUUUGACACGUACAUGACACUUUUCAUCAGCAAAAGCAAAACCGACGUUUAUAGGAAAGGUUCAACGGUGUUUAUUGCAGAAAAUAAUUCCGACUUGUGUCCCGUUAAGAAUCUUAAGCAGUAUUUAGUAAAAGCAGAAAUUGCUGAAAAUUCGGAAAAAUUUAUAUUUCGAGCAAUAACCGCAGGAAAUAAAUAG